UCCGUUGUCGGCCGUAUGGCAGGAACAGGCGCCCUGUUCGCCGCGGCCUGCACGCUACUACGAUAUGCUUGUGCACCAGGCUAGCAAAAAGCCUAAAUUAGUCAGUGGGCGUGCGUGGGUGCGAUGAGCAGAGCGAGAGAGGGAGGGAAUGGCGAAGAGAGGAGGGGCGGCGGCGGUGCGACGGGCGGCCGCCCCGCGAGCGCCGCGUGCGGGCGCCGAGCCGCAGCCUCGCAUCUCAGUUGGGUGAGAGCUGCCAGUGAAAGAGGGUCCCUAUGUCACGGUAUGUCGGCCCACGCCGCUAACUCGCGGCUGGCCGCUAGCUUUUCGGUGCAAACACAUACUUCUGCUCGGUCUCCUAUAGUAGAGACCGGAGAUGCAGCGGAGAAUAGUGGUUUUAGUGGAAAACGCGAUGGAAGUGCUCUAGGGCCGCGCGACCCCCUGGCCUCAGCGCCAUGUAACGGAGGGAGGACCAGCGCGCCCCCUUGCAGUGCAACGACAGCCAAUAGUGCCAAAAGUUUAAGUCCUAGUGCCGCGAGUGCCAGUGAUUAUACAGUGAGCAAAAAUGGGCACGCAGGAGCCGCUUCGACACACCACGGAAGCGCCCCCGGCGAGUCCAGCCCAAUUACCUCUUUCAAGUCGAAGGAUGCCAGCGGAGAGUGCGCGGGCGUGAGUGCAUUUGCCAGCGCACGAAGUCACAACCUCGGCAGUGCAGGAGACCGAUCCUCCCCUGCCAGUGCCCGGCGCAGUGAAGGGGGAAGGGAGUCCAGGAUGGACACUGCCAACUUCAGACUGAGGCUCCGGAAGGGAGGUGGAGAGGGCGUCACGAAGAAGGGACCCUUGGUGGCUAAGCACCCGCCCACCUCCACCGUGGCCAACCCGACCAGUUCGAGCGCAGCGAAGGAGGUGCGGUCUCCCGUCGGCCCAGGACCCCCUCCCCUGGGGUCCCACCGGAGGCGCCCCGUCUCGCCGGACCCCAGGGGCCACGCCAGGACGCGAGCCACGGCCGCCGCAGCAGCAGCAGCAACAGCGUCCCGAGACUCCCCCAGGUCUUCCCCGAGGACGUCACCCAGGUCCUCGCCCAAGUCGUCGCCCGUGAGACAGACGCACAGGGAGCGGUCCAUGAGCCCGGGCGCCCGUCGGUACGUCGGCAGAGGCAGCAUGGGCGUGUCCUCUCGCAACCACUCCUCGAGAGUCACGCCCACGCCCCCGUCGCCGCCCUCGAAGCGCGCCACGCCGCCCACCUCCCCGCGGGUGCGGCGGCAGCGCUCUCCGUCGAGCGGCGGCGCGGGGCGGCGGAACCCGUCGCCGAGCGCCGCCAGCGCCGCCAAGACCGGGCGGGCGCGCAGGAGCGGGUCCCCGGGGGCGGCCAGGGCCCCCUCGAGGCCCCCUUCCCCCAACACGCCCGGGGCCGUGGGCGGGGCCGCGCCCUCGGGCGCCGUCGCCUCCCGCAGGCCGGCCUCGCCCACCACCACCUCCGCCGCCGCCAACGGCGCCAGCAGCGGCGCGCGGCCCCCCUCCCCCGGGGCCAGACGACCGCCCUCGCCCCGGGGAACCUCCCCCAGGGGGCGCGGGGCGUCCCCGGGGUCGAGGGGGCCGCCCAUCAGCGAGGAGACGCUGCGGGCGCGGGUGAGGCGGGCGCUGCGGGCGAGACUGUACCUGCUGCACCAGCCGGGCCCGAACUCGUUCACGGUGGGCGGCGACUCGCCCACGCACAAGUACAAGGUCAUCAUCGGACCCCAGACGUGUUCGUGCGGCCACGGUCCGUAUUGUGUCCACGUACUGUUCGUGAUGGUCAGGGUCUUGCAAGUUGCAGAGGCUAACCCAGUGCUCUUGGCUGGCUCGCUCAAGGAUUUCGAGGUCGAACAGCUGAUGAGGGCGUACGAGGAGCGGCUGAAGAAGGCGGUGCGGGCUCGGGAACAGCGGCACAGUGGAGGGGCUGGGGGGUCGGGGGCGCAGUCGCCUGGGGGACAAGGGGGCCGCUCCAGCCCCGCCACUCCCACGGGCGUUCCCUCCCCCCACCUGGACUCCGCUGCGAGCGACGAGGAGUCCCAGUGCCCGAUCUGCCUGAUGUGCAUGGUGGAGGGCGAGAGCCUGGUCAUGUGCGAGUCGGGAUGCCGGAACCUGCUGCACCACCACUGCAUGGCCGUCUGGGCAGCCGACCGCAAUGCCCAGGGACAUCCCCUCCUCUGCCCGCUCUGCAGGGCGCCCUGGCCACUCAAACACCACCCUCGCCUCACGCCCACCCCUGGGUCCACGCCCGUAACCCGCCCACAUCUCUCUACCUCGCCUCCAGUCGGCCGGACCCCACCCCUGGCACCUGACUAUGCCUACCCGCUGAUGAGUGCCAGCUUCUCAGGAGUUUGCAGUAGCGGGCGCCAGAGUCCCCUAGGGUCCAGCCUCAUGUCCCGUUCGUUGUCUUCCGCUUAUCCGCACACCCACUCCCCGUACACAGACUCGGCGUACUCCUCACCUGCGGGAGGCUCUGGCUCAGGUGUCCUUGGCUCUGCGUAUCCGCCCACCGUCCGGGGGGAGGUAUCCGCGGCCAUCGCAGCGAGCACAUCCGAGGAAGCUGUCCCGCUGCCGAGAAGUGAGCCGAUUCCCGCGGAGCACGAGUCCACUGCAGCCAGCUGGGUACAGGUGUUCGGCAAGGAGCUUGUGGCUUGCCUUUUCUCCCGUGACUGGGCCGUCAGAGAAACUGGUCUGAGGAGACUUGCUCACGAGGUCGUGAAAGUCUUGCACUGGGACCGCCUAGUAACGGGGGAGGAGAAGAGACGACAAGUCAUCCACUGCUGCGCCAACAUCCUGGCACAGGUGGCAAACGACCCCGUCUACAAAGUGUACCUGGCAUGUCUGCGGUGCGUCCGCGUGUUGCUCUCGCACCUAAGUCCAUCGGCGGGGAGCGAGGUGACUUCACUGCAGGAGUUGUUCCGUCCACUCGUCCACACGCUUCUCCUGAAGUGCGCGGACGGGAACAGACGCACGUCACAGAUCAGCGUCGACUCAAUACUAGAGUUGUGUAGAGGCCAAGAAGGAGAGCUGGCGCUAGGCACCCAGGUGCAGGGGACCACUCCCGGGCUGGGGGGAAUAUCCUAUGUUCUCUCCUGCAUCCUAGACGACUCCCCGCCGUCGGAGGCUCCCUGGCAGUGGCUCCUGGGCCGCCUGUGUGUGCUGGAUCGCCUGGUCGACGAGUUUCCUUCCGAGUUUCAGUUGCAGUAUCUUCCUCUGCAGUCGUCAGAGUCGGGCUAUAAGCUACAGCAUUAUGACCGCCUGAUGACCGUGGUGGAAUUCGCGUUCAAGGCGCUCGGCAGCAGCCAUGCGACUGUCAGUAAGCUUGCUCGCCGGGUGUACAUCUGCGGGGCCCGUUUCGCCGCCGCAGAGCCUGCAGUGUUCCACCAAGUGUGCGACAUGCUUGCCAAGCUGGACGUCUCGCUGCAGAUGCGCCUGAAGAGGCGCUUACGCUCAAUGCAGGGGCAGCACAGUGACCGCAAGGCAUCCCUGGCGCGGCUGGAGGGCAAGCUCAGUAUAGGAUCCUGGGACCUGGGAGACACGGCGGGGCCUCGCUUGGUCCGCUCUGUGUCACACUCGCCGUCUAGAAUGCUGUCAGCCCUAAGGUCGUCCUCGCAGUCCCCCGCUCGGCAGUCCUUCAUGUCUUCCAGCAAGGACACGGACAGAGCAAGCAAAGGUCCCGCAGGGCCGACGUCUUCCCCGCCGAGACCGACUCACCUGCCAUUAGACUGUUUCGAAUCAAAGUUCAAAGAAAAACAAGCAAAAUUACGAUUGUAUCAUAAAACAAGGCCAAAGCACGACAUCCCCUUUGUCGUGCAAAAUGUAUUAGUUUCUCCAGUACAACAGCAGCGUCUCCAGCGAUGGAGUCCCGUAAAGAUGGGCGGAAGCCUUCACAAAAGCGGCUUGUCGCAGAGCCACGGCGACGCGCUCGACGUGUCGCCUCAGACGCCCGUGAGCUCUGUGGCGCCGCCUCAGUUUUCCUUUAGAGAUGUUGUGAGUACUCCAGCCACGCCGACAGCACCGCACUGCACGCCGGUCAGGGAAACCGCCCCUUCGGUCGACCCAAGCGAGAUGAACGGUCAGCAUGGUGGGGAUCCGUGGGCAGCCCAGGAAGCACCUUUACCUGUGAUCCCAGGCCUGGACCUGCUGCCAGCCCACCUCGACGAUGCCUUACACCCUUAUGAGCAGAAUGUGGAGGGUGGACAAUACGAGGAGGGCCGAGACUGGGUGAGAGGCCCUUUAUUAGGUACUGGUGCCUUCUCCUCGUGUUACCAAGCACGGGACGUCCGAACAGGCACGCUGAUGGCAGUGAAGCAAGUCUCCUUCUGUCGUAACAGCGAAGAGGAGCAGGAGCGAGUGGAGGCUUCGGUCGAGGAAGAGAUCCUAAUCAUGUCACGGCUCCGCCACACCAACAUCGUCCGGCUGCUCGGAGCUUCCAGACACUCCACGUCUUUCUCCGUGUUCACCGAGUGGAUGGCGGGGGGCUCCGUGGCCACCAUGCUCGACAAGUACGGCACGUUCUCCGAGCAGGUCAUCCUCAAGUACACAAAGCAAGUCCUAGCCGGUUUAGCCUAUCUACACGACAAUAAGAUUUUGCACCGCGACCUUAAAGGUGCAAACCUCUUAGUGGACAGCACCGGCCAGUGGCUAAGAAUCGGAGACUUCGGAACGGCCGCUCGGAUGGCAAGCAAAUCUACAGUGACCGGGGAAUUCCAAGGGCAGCUGCUAGGUACGAUUGCCUUCAUGGCGCCCGAGGUCCUACGAGGCGAGGACUACGGCCGGUCGUGUGACGUGUGGAGUGUGGGAUGCUGCGUCAUCGAAAUGGCGACCACCAAACCUCCGUGGGGGGCCGAUUACGUCUCCAACCAGCUCAAGCUCAUGUAUAAGAUUGCUACAAGUAACGGACCACCUACCGUACCUGAGACCCUGUCAGCCCCAACGCGAGAUUUGGCUCUCCGCUGCCUGGAAAUCAAGAGUGAGAACCGACCGCCAGCCAAGGAGUUACUCCAACACCCGUGCUUCAAAACCCAGCCGCCAUGACACGCACUCGCACCAGAGGAUCACAAUCUGCAAGAGGAAAAAUUAAAUUUCAGUUUCGGCAACUCGAGAAUUAUAGAACAGUGAUUCUAACACGAACAAACUAGCGGUUAAAUUAUUUGAUAGAUAUAUUGUAUUUGCAGAGUACGUUUAUAAAAAGAAAAGAAAAGAAAAAGAUUGCCAUACAUAUUUGAUAUAAGAAAAUCAUUCACGGCUUUGGCAAGUGAUACAAAGAACAAAUCUAAAAGAAAAAAAAAUCAUUCACAUUCUGAAAUUAGAAAUGCCAAAUCCAUUUUUACUCCAUUUCAAUAUUUACCUCUGUGUGUCUUGAAAUUCUGAUAGUACAAAUUUUCACUAUAUAGGUUACUUUAGUUUCUUUUUUUUUAAUUCAAUAAUGAUUGGUUAAGCUCUUCUCUUUGACAAAAUCAGAUAGAUGUGAGCGGGCAGAGCAUAUAGAGCGUGGCAUGGGGUUGUCUAGCUCUAUAGUGUAUAUAUCAACAGUAUACACAUAGCUUAGUGUAUGUAGGUCGUAGACGGCUUCCUUCAGCGGUGCCUGUGACGCUGAGGACCGCACGAGCUCCGAAGAGGCACUGGCUAGAGUGUCGGGCUUUGGAGGGGCUCUGCGGUGCCAGGGGACGGGCACCUGGAGGGGUAGUGUCCUCUGGAAGGCGGAGUCGGGACCAUGCGUCCCUCAAGACUGGUCGACGAGGUGGCAGUAGUGCACUAAAUUUGUGUUUUAUUGGAAAAAAAAAUCAUCCCUUUCGACUGAGAUUCUUUUUUUCAGCGUCAAAAUUUUGAAAAGGAAAUACUAAAUGUGUUGUUGUUUUUGAUGUUAUACGUCAGAUCAGCCUUGCUGGACUGGAAAAGCAAAUACAAAUAAUAAUCACAAUAAAUGGCUCCAUGAAUUUAUGAUCUCUCUUCGUUGGGGUAAUCCUAACAGCCACUUGUGCCGGUGCUGUCAUCAAACCUCACAACCAAAACAACACUUGGAAUUCACCAUCGAUACUUCCAAGAUUACCUAUUGUUACGUUUGUCUUUAAAAAAAAAAAUACUGACCUAAGUGGGCGUGGCAGGUAAAGACACACCAACAGAUGUCAGUCAGUUCCUGUCACGGGAUAUUGACAGAUUCCCAGAAACAACAGAGGAGUGUGGAUGUUAUUUACCUGCCAGGCUCACGCGUCCAACCCGUCAGAGACAUCGGCUGUUAAAAAAAUACUCCGACUUUUGCCGUCAUUCUGUGAAAUUCCAUUGCAUUUGUAACACUUUAUUAAGUGACUACAGAUCUCAGUGUAAUUUAGGGGACCAACUUAUCUUUUAUUAUUUAUGUAUGUUAUUUAAAUUAUUUCCGAUGUGUUUCCUUUUUACUUGUUACUCCUACUGAUAUUGUCCUGUCCCCAGUUUCUCAUACCUUUUAAUAUUUUUCGAAAGUGUUCAGGUGCACCAUAAUUUGGUGAAGUAUAAAACCUUUUUUUUUUAAUGUUACAUGUUAUUAUUUAAUUACUUAAAAAAAAACUUAUGUGUUCAAGUUCUAUUCUUCGACUGAGCUCAAAACAUUAAAGAUUCAGUCAAAGUAUAGUAAUCCGUUUCAGCAACGGAGUCAACGGAAGAACAAAAUUAUUUCUAUUAGUUAAUCGAAGGAAAAAAAAAAUAAUACAUUAAAAGAUCGUGAUUGUUAACAAGAAUAAUAUCACUUACUCAGACAACAAGAAACAAAGCUGUGAAUGGGACCAGCCAUGUAAAAUACCUGGGUCCAGUACUACAAAGGUAAAAAGUGUGAGCUCAACGGCAAAACAUCAACAUUCGUGAUUAAGUCUUUAUUUGCGCGAAAUUUUGAACGAGCCAAAAAUAGUGAGCUUGCAACCUUUGCCUUGCGAAGUGACCCACGUUUGUUCUUCUAGUGUUUAAGAGUCGGCAGGGGGGGACACGCACCCGGCCUGUGAUUGAAUGGGAAUUUUAAAUCAUAGUCUUAUAGUACGAUUUUUUUUUCCGGAAUUUUCUGGUAUGGUUACGAUACUAGUAACAACAACAAAAACUUUCAUUCAUUUUUUUUUCUUCUUCCAAAGUUCUUAUAUAUCACGAGGUCCGGGUGCUUGCCCUUUUAAACGCAUGACUGAAUUUUAAAAUAAAAAUAAAAAAAGAGAUUGUACUUAGUGUGAGUCGGGGAUUAAUUAAAACAAUUGGAGAAACUCCCCACUAAUGGAAAUUUUAGGAAGAUUAAGGGGAAUAUAUAUAUUUAACCCUCUCAAAGAACCAACCCACUGACAAAAAGUGCCUUCAUAUUCGAAAAAAAAAUUAAUUCACUUGAAAUUCUACAGAAAGGGGCUCUCAUACCAUCUAACAACUGUGUACAUUUUACACGAAACUGUAUUGUUACCUCAAAAAAAUAAUAAUAAAAUAAAUAAAUAAACAAAUAAACGAACACACAAGGAGUCUGUGAAAUCAGGUGAAAUCAGAACGAAUAACUGAGAGACCCUUUUUCAUAAUUAUUAUUAUUAUUCCCAGAAGCGGCCAAUUAUCCAGUUUUCGCAAAGGAAACAUGAGUAAAACAGGUGUGAAAAGGGAGGGGGUGAGUCUGGAAACGUGGUGGUGCCUCCUUAAACUCUUCUAGUUUUCUUUCAAUUUUUUUAAACGAUUUUUUGUACCAUUUUUUAUUUAUUACAACCUAAUUUUCUACACUUUUUUAUAUAUAUAAAUAGUUUAGGACUUUAAUCUCUCUCUCUCUCUCUCUCUCUCUCUCUCUCUCUCUCUCUCUCUCUCUCUCUCUCUCUCUCUCUCUCUCUCUCUCUCUCUCCUUGAUUAUUUUGUUUAGGUAUCUCUUCUUUCUCGGUAACUGACGUAGAUAUUUGUGUUCGAUUCUGAUCUAAAAGUACAAGUUAGUUUGUCCUGUUACCCAUCACCACGCGCCGCCCCUCUCCCCCCCCCCAAACGGUCCUGUCUUCAAGGUGCCAAAAUGUACAGAGCACACAAUCCUAGUUUAAGCUAUUUUUCUACUGUUCACUGUUUGCAUUUCUUAUGUAAAACUUUUGUGAAUGUCUGGGACCAAGUUUGAGAAAGCCUUAAUGUCGGUAAGGUUUUUUUUUUUUCGUAGUUGAUUUUGGUAGUUUUAAUAAAAAUAAAAGGAUAAA